GAGGGUGUAUAUUCCGCCGUGGAAAAACCCCUUUUAAUUUUUCAAACAGCUGCCCUUUUAGAGAUUGUCCACAGCCUUUUAGGAAUUGUUCGUGCUCCUAUUUCCGCAACCCUUCCGCAGGUUGCGUCGCGCAUAUUCUUAACGUGGGGCAUCACAUGGAGCGUUCCCGAGGUGCGUCAGAAUGUGUUUGUUACGACGAUGGUCAUCGCCUGGUCCAUCACGGAGGUAACGACACCGUAAUUUGCUCAUCGCACUCGUAAACAUAUUGAUGAACUCUUUUAUUUGAUGAAAGAGUUCUUUCCUCUUCUACUUCUUCUUCUUCUUCGUCUUCUUCUUCUUCGACGUACUUAAGAACUCUUCCAUUUCCUUCUUUGUUUUCUGCUUCCUUCUUCUUCUUCUUCUUCUUCUUCUUCUUCUUCUUCUUCUUCAUCAUCUUUUCUUCUUCUUCCACUUCUUCUUCCUCCUCCUCCCCCCUUCUUCUCCUUUGUCUUCCUUUUCUACUUCUGCUUUUUCCGCCUCCGCCUCCUCCCCCUCCCCCUCCUCCUCCUCCUCCUCCUCCUCUUCUUCUUCUUCUUCUUCUUCUUCUUCUUCUUCUUCUUCUUCUUCUUCUUCUACCUCUAGUUCUUCUUAUCGUCAACGUACCCCGAGCACUCCUCCAUUCGCGUCAUGGUGUCGUCGAGCCAGGCAGACAGUGCAGCAAGCAAGGGCAAGCGCAAGGGAAAUGGACCCCCUGAAUUUAUACCGCAGUCAGAGUUUCAUCAACGAGAGUUGCAGCAGGAGAAGAUUGUGUUUCGGUGGAUUGAGCGGGGGCAGAUGGCUGAGCCGAAAGGUUAUGGCCAGUAUUGGGUGCGGUGCAGGCUCUGCAGGAGUGUGUUCACGGCUUCGACAACGCGGGCGGUGGAACACUUUCUGAAGAAAGGGAAGCCGUGUCCGUGCAGGACAGGCGAGGUACUGCACCUGCUUGCGUUGGACGGGGCAAAGAUCGAGGGGGAUGCAGCACAGAGGAUGCUUUACGCUUACAGGGUGGAGAAAGGCAUCGCGGAUGACAAGGGGAUGCACCCCAUUGGGGGCGUGGAGAGGGCAGCGGUGGAUGAGAUGGAGGCACAUCUUCCACCGCCUCUAGCGUCUGGGAGAGAGGUUCAGCCCGCAGCCACCACCGGAGGCGGAGAGGGACGCGAUGGGGUGGUGAUGGAAGAGGCACAACUCGUGCGGGAUGCUGUAGGCCCUUCUUGUCAGGCCUCCACCACCACUCUGAGGUCUGUAAGGACCACACAAACGUCUAUCCGCCGGUGGAUUGAAAACAAUGCGCAGCAGAGGCUGGACACGCAAUGGGGGCGAGCUUUGUGCCAGUCUGGGAUCGCCUUCAACUUUGUGCAACAGGAGGAGACAAAGGCCCUCCAUGAGCUGUACCUUGAGUUGGGUGCAACUAAGGCGAAAGUGGAGAUGCCAUCGUUGGACUCUAUCCGGACCGUCGUGCUGGACACGGUCUACGAACAGGUGAAAGAGGCCAUGCAGCCCAUAUUUGAUAAGUGGGAUAUCUCAGGCUGCACGCUCAUCACCGAUUGCUUCACAGACAAGGAGCUCAGGCCGGUCCUCAACUUCAUUGCUGCAGGGGAUGGCGGGGCGGUCCUUGUGAAGGUGGUGGAUAUGCCAAAGAGGAAGAAAAACGCCAUGGCCUUUGCGAGGCUCUGGGAGGAGGUGAUCCGAGAGGUUGGAGUCCAGAGGGUGAAUGCUAUCUGCACGGACAAUACCGGCAUCAACAAAAGGGUUGCGAGGAUUCUGCAGCGCCGUGCGGAUCCUGACAUCGCAAGAAUUCCAUGGAUGCCAUGCGCAGCACACACUCUCAGCCUCCUGCUGGAGGACAUCGCCAAUGUCGACUGGGUGGCGAGGCUCAGGAGGCAGGCCAGGUCGAUGGUCAAGUUCAUAAAAAAGCACCAUCACACCGUUAUGCUCUUCUCGAGAUCCUCAAUGGACGGCAAGAAGACGCUCGUUCUGCCUACAGAGGUGCGGUUCGCGCCCGUCUACCAGAUGUUGGAGAGACUGCAAGACAGGAGGUGGGUACUUGAGGAUAUGAUGGACAAUGGGUGGAAGGAGAUCCAUUGGAGCAGCAGGGAGCUGAGAAAGAAGGCUGACAAGAUCUACCACUGGGUCAGAUCUGCAAAUUGGUGGCAGGAGGUCGAGAGGGUUGUCACGAUUAUGCGGCCUGUGAACGAGAUGUUGUGCAGGAUGGACCGGGACGGGACAGCACCUUCGCAGUUGUGGGAGUUUGGCGAUAUGCUUCGUUGCCGCCUGAACAAUGUCCAUGGCCUCACAGGGGACCAGGCACACAAGAUUCUGAAACAUGUCGACGACCGAUGCAAGGUCAUGCGGCAGCCUGCGCAUGCUGCAAACUUCCUCCUCUCUCCCAAUAGGAGAGACCCGCGAUGGCUGCUCGAGAAGAACUCCCCACUCGUGCACACCGCAACCAAGUUCUUCAUGUCGCAGCUGGGGGGUGACCAUUGGGGGGCACUUCAAUCCCACUUAGACGUGUGGCAGAGUCUGUGGAUGUUUCACUGCGAGCCCCCGAAGGAACAGGCGAAGAACGAUCCAAUGUGGGACCCGUUUGGAAGGGCAGACAGCUCCCUCACCCGGAUGACAGCGUCACAAUGGUGGGCUGAAUAUGGCUGCAACCACCCCGACCUGCAGAAGAUUGCCACAAGGGUGACUGCGAUGUGGAGCACUGCAACACCCGCUGAGAAAAACUGGUCCUCCCUGGACUUGGUUCAGAUCAAGAAGACAGAGAAUCUCUCCAGCUCCAGUGUAGCGAAGCUGGUGUACAUACACUGGAAUAUGCAGCUGAAGGUGGUGCCACGGAGUCUGAAGUGCGGCUUCCUGGAUGUGUGGGGCACGUUCUUCAACGAGCCGGAGCAGCCCAACCCAGGUGACGCUGCGGUUUUGCCUGGGCCUCUGGAACAGACAGAGGAGGAGGUGGGCAGGCUGGCAAGACUGAGGAAAGCUGCAAGGGGUAGAAUUCUAAAGGGGGGGGAGGACAAUGCCACGUCUGCCUCUGAGAGCAGCGAGGAGGAUCUCAUCUGGAGUGGGAAAGGGGUGAAUAAUCGAAGGAGCAGGCAACCACCACGGGAUGCGAAGGGCAAGGCCCAGGUGGUGGGAGAGGAGGACGAGGAGGCGGAGGAGGACGAGGGGGAGGAGGAGGAGGAGGAGGAGGAGGGCUUUGUGCUGCGUGCGGCUGGGGCCAUUGAUGAGUCUGGGCGCGAGAGGGAACAUGUCGAUAGGUUCUCUCUUCUCACCAAUGCAGUUCGCUUGGACAGUGAUUUGAAUUUCCUCAUAUCUGCGGGGAGCCCAUUGAGGGAGGAGACCCAGAUCGAUGAAGGGGUGGAGAGGGGUUCAGCAAGGUCCCUUGCAGAGAGGAAUCGUACCGUUAUGCAGCAGAGGGUUGAGGAGGAUAAUACGUGGCGUGUUGCCAUUCCUCCUCCUCCUCCUCCUCCGAGACUCAGCAGGGUGCAGCAGGGACAGUCUGCAUCACAUCCUGCAGCAGCCGCAGGUCCGGAACAUGUACAGUACGAUCCAGACAGGCAGCAGCAGCCGCAGUACAACGUGGAGCGACCGAAACAUUGGCAAAUGGAGUGUGUGCAGUGUGAGGCAGGUGUUGAGCACCACCAGCAGCAGCAACAAGUGGAACAGGAACAGUACCAAGGACAUGCCGAGGUGCAGCAGGACCAAGAGAUGGAGCCGCCGCCGCAGCAACAGCAGCAAGAACAUGCGCGGCUGCAGCAGCAAUGGAAACAGCACGAACAUGUGCAGCAGCCACAAGAAAGUCUCCAGGGGCAGCAGCAGUUAAAUGUGCAGGCGCAGCAGCAGCAUAAUAUACAGCAGCAGCAUCAGGAGGCAUCUGUAGCAGUAGCAGCAGGCCACUUGUUUGACUGUCCACCUCCUUUCACUCACCUUCAGGCCGGCCUUGUGCAGAAUGAUUUGGAGAUCAGCAGGGCAGGGAGGAAGAGGAAGCCCGCUGCUGAGACCAUUGCUGCUCCAGCAGCCAAACGGGGGCGUGGCCGGCCACGAAAGGGAGAAGGAAGACCUGCCCCACCUGCACCUCCACUGCGCCCUAGCCGCGGAGUGGAGGAUGGGACAUCACAGAGAGGACACAGCUGGAUCAGCAAUGAUCACCCUACAGAAGCGGAGGAGAACGGCGAGAGCGAGUCUGACGCCGAUUGGUGGUAGUCAUGCAGUUGUCAAUGGGGCAAGUUCUUCCUCUUUUUUCCCUUUCUUUCUGACUGUCAGUCUCCGAACGAACGAACGAACGUAGAUUAUAGUGACCG